AUGGCAUCACUCAAGACGGUUUUGAUUUUCGGAAUAUUGAUGGCUCUUGUAGCAACUGUCUUCUCACAAGGUUUUGGAGGCGGUCGAGGAGGAGGAUUUGGCGGGGGUAGAGGUGGUUUUGGUCAGGGUGGGGGCCAGGGCGGGUAUGGUCAGCGUGGUUUCGGUCAGCGUGGAUUCGGUCAGCGCGGAUUUGGUCAAGGCGGCUUUGGUCAAGGCGGGUUUGGUCAGGGCGGGUUCGGAAAUGGUGGCUUUGGCCAGGGUGGAUUUGGCCGUGGACCAGGAGGAUUCGGACGCUAG